AUGCAAUUAGAAUCAUUAGAAUUCAGUAAGAAGUUAUUAGAAAUAAAACAAUGGUUUACCCGAGUUUCUUGGGCGCAUAAAAAGCGAUUUAUCCUAAGUUUAUUGGAUGAUGUAAAGAGUAUUCGAACAAUAUGUUUAGUACUGAAAUCGAUAUGGAAUUGUAGACCGAAGGAUGCUGUGAUGUCGACAUCCGGGCCUAAGCUAUGGAGCAGCCAUGACCGGGUCCCUAUGGAUCAUAACCGCACCGCUCUACCACAGUCUUCUCUUAAAAAUGUUAUGAAAAAUGAUCGCAAAUGGUUUCAGUCACUUAAACCAGAAGAACAAUAUCUCGUACUUGCAGAGUUAUUGUCAAUAUCUGGUGGCCCGAUUAUGUGGGAAGUACUGCAGCAUUUAAGGCUCAUAUAUGAAAAUUAUGUUGAACAAGACGCUCUAAAUUUACUAGAAUGUACUCUUGUCAACGAACCACCACCUGAGAAAAAAGUUAUUUCACCUGAACCGGCAAAAAAAGAUCAAGCACCUCGUCGAAAAAGUUCAUUUACUCAGAUCUCUGAAUUUAAACACACUCCUUUGCCUGGACAAUCGCAGAAAGAAGUUUGUAUUUUA